UAAUAAGUAUAUUGGGGUUGGUCCUUGUUUUGUAAGAUUAGUGGAGCAGAAGAAAUAAUUGAAGAACCCUCUGUUCUUCUGUAUAUAUAACAAGAAUCUGCUCCAUUUCCACCCACCCACCGCAAAACCUCAAUUUUGCUUCCUUAUCUUCUUCCUUGUUCCACUAUUUUUCCUUCAAGCUUACAAUACAAGAAAGAAUCAAAUUGCAGUGAGAAUUAUGGAAAAAACAGCUGAUUUCUCUCGUUGUGGUUUUAUGAGAGGGAUUUUUCAGCCACGGUGCAAAUGGUUGAAGAAAUCCUCUGUUCAUUCAUUACCCACAAACACCAACGAAAAUGUCAACUUAAAAUUACCCAAAAUUGAUAACCCAACAAGGGAAAGUCGGAGCUCUGUUUCCGACGAUGCACCAAAAGCCAGAAGUUCAGUGGAACAAGAUCAAAAGACCCCAAAAAAGCCCACUUCGGAUCAACCAAGGUCUUCAAUUUCUCAACAGAAGAAUCAAAGUAGAAGACCUUCCGAUGCUGCAAGAAGCUCCACAUCGUCUUCUAAUGGCUCUGCACAAGCCAGAGCGAUGAAUUAUCAUCCACAAUUGAACGAACCCAAAUCCCACAUCCGAAUAUCUUUAAGUAAUGGCGCGGUCUUGGGUAAUUUGAAGCAAGUUGGCAGUGGGAAUUUGUCGGCAAACAAUAGUCCAAGGCUGAGAGAGAUGAACUCAAGUCCAAAACUUGGAGGAAGUAGUACUGGAAGUAACAAUAUGGGGAACAUUAUUAGGAGAAAUUCAUGUGAAUUUCGACAAAUUCAAGGUUUGAGAGGUAGAUUAGAGCCGGAUGUUUUGAAAUCCAUGGGAAAUGAAGCUUACAAUAAGGGGAACUAUGAAGAAGCAUUGGCUUUCUAUAACAGAGCAAUAGAUUUGGACUCAGAGAAUGCUGUUUAUUAUAGCAACAAAGGGGCUGCUUUGAUUGCCUUAGAUCGUUUGAUGGAAGCCAUUGAAGAAUGCAAAAAGGCACUAAAGAUUCAACCUUCUUAUCAAAGAGCCCAUCAUCGUUUAGCCACUACCUAUCUCAGAAUUGGAGAGCCUGAGAAAGCAUUGGAUCACAUGGAACAAUCUGGCCCUUACAGUGAUAUAAACGACAUUAACAAAGCUCGUACUCUUCAGAGUUGCCUGAAUAAGUGUAAUGAAGCAAGAAAGUUACAAGAAUGGGAUACUCUGUUAAAGGAGACUCAAUAUGCAAUUUCCUCUGUUUCCAACUCAGCUUAUAAACUCUAUGCCUUUCAAGCUGAGGCCUUAGUGAAACUCCAUAGACAUCGGGAGGCAUAUGCCAUUUACCAAAAGGGUCGGACCCUUAGAACUAACUCUCUAAUUAAGUCAUUUAGUCUAUCUGAUAGUGCCCUUCUUUUAUCCAUCGAGGCACAAGUUUACAUGACCAUGGGCAGAUUUGAGGAAGCAGUAGCAGCAGCAGAACAAUCAACACAACUUGAUCCAACCAACAGAGAAACAAGUAGAGUUGCAAAAUGGGCUAAAGUUGUUUCAUCAGCUCGAUUGAGAGGCAAUUUACUUUUCAAGGAAUCAAGAUUCUCUGAAGCUUGUAUUGCAUAUAGUGAAGGACUAGAAAACGACCCGUAUAACUCGAUUUUGUUAUGCAAUCGAGCCGCUUGCCGAUCGAAGCUCGGCCAGUAUGAGAAAGCUGUUGAAGAUUGCACUGCUGCUCUUCACGCACAACCAUCUUACAGCAAAGCCAGACUCCGUAGAGCUGAUUGCAAUGCUAAAAUGGAAAGAUGGGAAGCUUCAAUUCAAGAUUAUGAGGUAUUGAUAAGAGAAACGCCAGGAAAUGAAGAAGUAGGGAGAGCUCUGUUUGAGGCACAGAUUCAACUCAGAAAGCAACAUGGGGAGGAUGUUAAAGACUUAAAAUUUGGAUCUAAUUUGGUGUCAAUUUCUAGCUAUGAGCGUUUCAGGCACCUUGUUACUUCUCCUGGGAUGUCUGUGGUUCUGUUCUGCAAUAAAGGCAAUAAAAAACAGGGGAUAGAAGUGUUUGAGCAAGUUUACAAGAGGUUUCCAUCCGUUUACUUUCUCAAGGUGGAGAUAGAAGAUCAUCCUUAUUUAGCAAAGUUGGAGAAUGUGAGUUCCAUUCCAGCUUUUAAAAUAUAUAGAAAUGGAACCAUAGUGAAGGAGAUUCCAGCUUCCAAACCACAUUCAUUAGAAAGUUUAGUGAAGUUGUACAGCAGUUGAAUUGGAGCAGAAAGCUUAGAGUAAAAAAAAAAAAAAAAAAACAGAGUUUGUUUUUGUUCACAAAAGAUUGGGCUACUCCACUUGAUUCUCCAUUGGGCUUUAGACAACCCAUUGACCCUUUAUUGAUUUUUUUUUUCUUUCUUUUGUUCAUAUGUACAUAUGAAUGAUGAAAUUGGAAGGAUGAAGAAAAAAACUUGCGUGGAGAAUCAAAUCUUAGAUUAUUAUUUUUUCGAAUCUUAUUUGGUGGAGAAGAGAGAAAAAAGUAAUCACUUCUAAGAUUGAAAUUGUAAUUUGAUUGGAGUGUGAUUUGAUCUUAAUUAGUUUUUUUUCCUCUC